AGCAGUUGUCAGUUGCUCGCUCGCCAGUGUUUUAGCGGGCUUAGGCCUACGCCGCGCACUCGAUUGUGGUGGUGCGCUGCGUUGCUUGAACGAAGCACGAGUCCUCGGUAGCGGCUAGUGUUAUACACAAGCUUGUUAUUGAUCGGUCACACGCUCGUCCAGGUGUUAACGCCCUCCUUUACCGUUUACGAUGUCGUUCAACGUUGGAGAUCGCGUGUUUGCCAAGGUACGCGGGUACCCGCCGUGGCCUGCUAGGGUUGAAGAUUGCAUGGGUGAUAAAUCAAAGCCCAAGACCCAGAAGUACUCAGUGCUUUUCUACGGCACGUAUGAAACGGCGACUCUUGGUCCGAAGGACUUGUUUGCCUACAAGGAUUUCAAGGACAAGUACGGCCAACAACAGAAGAGGAAGUUUUUCAACGAAGGUCUGUGGGAAAUAGAGAACAAUCCCACUGUCACCCCACCUGGUUUAGGGGGGUCUGGCAGCAAAGCUGCAGGGAAAAAAGAGGCCAAGGAGGCGCCGCCACCCGAAAGUGAGGAGGAAGAAGAAGAGAAGGAGGAGUCUGAAUUGGUCAUUGACGAAAAGCCAUCAAAAAAUAAGCCUGAGCCACAAUCGGUAAAGAAAAGGGGCACCAAGAGAGCAUCAAAGGAUUCGACAGAUGACCAGAAAACUGGCGAAGAAGAAACUCCGAAGAGACGGGGCUCUCGGUCUAGGGACUCGUCCGUCAAGGCUGCUCCCAGCCGUAGUCGCAGCGGCCGCAAGAUAAAACGCAAGAAGUUUAGCUCUGAGAGUGAAGAGGAAAGGGAGGAUGCACAGCCCACUGAUGAUGUGGAGGAAGGCAACCAUAAGGAAGCUAGUGAAGAGGAGACACCGCCGCCACCUGAAGAGGAUAAUGAAGAACCAGCAGCUCCAGCGUCACCACCAGUCUCUCCAGCCAAGGAGGAGCCCCCUGCGCCCAAAGAAACCCCUCAUCGUGGGAAAAAAGGGAGACACCAUCACAAGGAGAAAAACGAGGAGCCUGUACCGGAAGCCCCAGCACAUUCUGAACCCGAGCCACAAGAAGAGAAGAUGGACGAAGUCGAAGACAAGCCUGUUGAAGCUCCCAGCGCAAAGCCGCCAAAGAAGUCUGGCCGGCGACGGGACAAACACGCAAGCGCUGAAUUAGCUGCUGCCAAAGAAAACUCUGACCAAACUAAAGAAAACGACAUUUCUGCUGAGCCUUCAGUUCCCACAGAAGCCGUUGACGUUGAGAAGGAAGAGGAAGAUGAAGCUCCGGUGACAGCUCCGGCAGAACCACCUAGCAGUGCAUCUCCAAAGAAGAGAUAUCGAUCAAAGUCAUGGUGGGAAUCGAGAACUAAGAAGAGGCGAAGAGAAUCUGAUACAAAAAGCAGCUCUGAUUCUGAGAGUGAAAAGGAUGGCUCUGCAGCGCCCGCACGACAGUCUCCGCCAAAGAAGCGUCGAGGCGGUAAGGCUUCGUCAGACAGGCACUCCCAGCAGGUCCCCAUAGUGGUGCUUCGUGAUGUGUCUAAGAUGAUGGGAACGAGUAAAGGAACGUCCUUCACUGUCGAACAGAGCAAUGGAGUGGUGACCUCUGUCACACAGCAGGAUGGUCUCAAGGAGGCAUCUACAGCUUUUGAAAAGCUGCAGAAGAAAAUAAGUAGCAACCCGUUAGAACAUUAUGAGCAAAAGUUGAGGCACUAUGAAGAAAAUGGGAUUCGGGCUGCAAACAACAGCGAGGAGUUCAGCAGGUUCCUUAAGGUGCUGAACGAGUAUAUCCAAGAGCACCAGAGACGGGAUCAGCAACUCACGGCAAUCAUCACGCGCGUCUGCAACCUGUUCGACAUCUGAACACCUGCACUUCCAUUCGUCAUCUUCUCGUCAUCUCCUCCUCACCCUGUUUCACCAUAUGCUAUUUUUUUUCUCUACUUCACCAGACAGAGCACUGUUCUAUUGCCCUCUUGGGCAUUGCAUAUCUCGUGGAAUUUAGCAGCUUGCAAUUUGGUCGACCAUGGAAAUAGUGUAUUCAGCUUUCAAUGUGCCCAUUACUAAGGCAUCCCGUAGACAACUGCUUCCAUACCCAAUCCCAACAUUUUCAGUGUUUACUGUAUUCUCAUGCUCGAUCUAUAGCUGCAGGACUACCUUGACAUGUUUUCAUUCAUCCUUCAUGUUCUUCAUGAAAUAUUUUGUGAUGUCUUUUUAGUCUCUGCUCUCGAGCUGCAAGUGCACAUUUAUUUUUUGGUCUCUUGUCUGUUCUGCGACCAGCUGGUCUUUGUGUUCAGUAUUGUCACUUUUUACAUUUUUUGUGUUUGCAACAGAAGAAAGAAGCACUUGUGGCUUUCAUAUACGCAUCACAUCAUUGCCCAUACUCAUUUCAUUUUUUGUUAACAGUGCGCAAUAUUAGCCUGGCAUUUACUUUCUUGCGCCCUCACUUUUAUCACCAUAUCAAGUGUGGUUUGUGUCCACUCAAUUCAUUUCUUUUCAUUUUAGUCGAUGAACCAAAAAUACUUGGUGCCAUAACAUUCUCGAGUUCAUUUACACAAAAUCGAAGACUCUCAAUUGUGAACACUUGUCUUUUUAGCAUUUUAGUAUAGUUCCAUCGAGGCAUUACUGUCAUCACUGCUCUGUUUUUCAAUCGUUUGUUUUGUUAGUAAACUGAUCAGUCUUGCUGCAGAGAGAAAGCACCAAUCACAUCAAAUCUUUAUCACCUACGUGGGUCUGUUGUGGUUGCAGCCAUUGAUAUCCACUCUUUUAGCUUUAUUUAUUGUUACUUUUCUUAAUAUGUCGGGAGAACUCAAACUGAAACAUAGCGCUUGCACGAGAUAUUGUGUUUGGAAUUGUGUGAGGAUCGUUAAUUAUUGCACUUUUAUGGAUCUUGCAUUUCACAAAUUCUGUUAAAGUUACCUAAUUAUGGAAAGGAAGAUUUGUGUUUGAGGUACAAAUAAGUCUUCCCUCCUCACAGAGCAAGCAUGCCAUUGAGGAAAGUGGCAAAGUAGUCCUCUUGUAGUUGUAUUGCCCUGCGUAAUUUUCACAAUUUCAACGAUACUGUUGUCAGCAUUUUCUGUUUUUUUUUAAUCAACAUUGUACGUUCUUUGAAAUAAAACGGUUCAUGCAAAAGAGACCCCUUUGACAUGCGUAUGUUUCUGCUUUAUUGUGAGGAGGUAAAUGGGACAUGGCAUUUACACCUCACUUGCUAAAUUUUUUACGCUUACCACCUGUGCUUGACAUCUGAAAAGUCUGCCAAGAAUCUGGAUGGAGAAGAGAUGGCUAAUAACGCACAAUUUAAGGAAUUGCUGCUUUUGCAGUUUCCACCAGUGAAGGUACUAUAAACGUUCCCGGCUUUCUUGUCUUAAUGGAGGAACCAUAAGUUCGCUAAUAUAGUAAAGCAGUUAGUUUCUAUUUUACUGGAUUUAUAGUUUUCGGCACACUGUCACAUGAUUGAAGCACUGAGCAGUACAGCAGCCUGUUAAACAGUUAAAGUUUUACUGUGUAUGACUGGUUACAUUACGAGUACUUUCUUCCACUCCAGAGCUGAAAAGGAAGAAGAGAAGGAAAGAAUGAAGAAAGAGAAGCUGGAGAAGAAGCGCAAAGAGAAAA